AUGUCUUUGUCAACUCAAUUCACAAACAAGAAGAUGAGAUAUCGCCUUCUUAGGGGCAUAUAUAACAUGUUUGGCAUUGGACCUCCACCAAGGCCUGUAGAGUUGGUCGAUGAGUCAUACUUUUGUUGGUACUUGACUCAGAUCACCACAAGAUGGGUUGGAAUGAAUGACAAUACUAUCCUGCGCCAUUGGAGUACGCUCAGACUAUUGUGCCACUUCCUCACACCUAAAAGCGCAAAGUGUAAGGUCUUUGAUCAGGUGAUGAACCACUUCAUCAGAUAUGCACAAGGCAUAAGCAUUGAUGACAUGGUCCAGAAUUGCCAUGAAUACCUUUGGAGGAUGUCCAUGCUAGACCCCACUCUAGACACGCGCCCCAUCUUUAAGUCGUUGGGGCGUUGGGGCGCCAACGACUUCCCCUUGAUGCGUCAGUCUCAUCCAGAUACCGGCAGUUUACUCCGAUUUGGUACCACAUUGUUUGAGUACUUUAACAACUCAUCCUUUGAUAGGGUAAUACAGUUUGUAGCAUACCUCAUUGAUGCCAGAGAGAUCCACCUACUCCUGAAGAAGGCAGACCGUCUGAAGAGCAUGUUGGCGACUCAUUCAUUGUACGUGGGCGUAGCGAACCGCCCAAACAUCCAUGUGUAUCUAGACGAGCAACUACUCUUGAUCAGUCAACAAGAGAUCAGCUUCUAUAUUUGUGGUCUGCUCAAGCGUGAUGACGGUAGUGCUCUUCUUGGACCACUCUCCCCUGACUUCAUCCAACAACUCAAUGUUCUACGCGAGUUGGACUCAAUCGUCGACGAUUGUAAUCUCACAUCGGACCAACUCGAUGACAUCAACAAGGUGACCAUUCAGAUUCUGGACUACUUCUCCAAGUUCCGACCCAACACCUAUGAUGUCAUCAAGGAAAGCUUCAUGUAUGGAUUGGAUCCCUACAUAUUGGACCUGGCCAAAGUCGGUCACUGUCUAUCUUCCUCUGGUCACGGCGUACCGCUGGGUUGA